AUACUCCGAGCAGCCCUCUGGGUUGAGAUCAGUAAACAGGCGAGAGUUGAGGGGGGAAAGUUCCAGGGGUGGAUCCUGCGCACACGCACACACACCGCACACGCGCGCACAGACACACACGCACACUCUGCCCGCAAGCUGCCCUCGGAAAACGCUCUGUUCUUUUCGCUCCGAUCCCUUUUUAAAAUUUAACCGAAAAGUUUCGAUUUCGUGUCCUUCCAGCCUCUCCCCCCCCACCCCUCCCCAGCCACCACCUACCCUCCCUCCCGCCCUCCUCCCUCCCUCCCCCGGCCGGUCCCCGCCGCCCUGCCCCGCACGGUUUGGGGCAUGCCUGUGAGCAUGUUCAGCAUCGACAAUAUCCUGGCGGCCAGACCUCGCUGCAAGGACUCGGUGCUGCUGCCCCCGAGCGCCGCGCCCGUCGUCUUCCCCAGCCUUCACGGGGACUCGCUCUACGGCAGCGCCUCCGACUACGGCGGAUUUUACUCCCGGGCGGUGGCUCCCGCCUCGGCGCUGCCGCCGGCCGUCACUGGAUCUCGGCUCGGCUACAACAACUACUACUACGGGCAGCUGCAUGUGCCGGCGUCCCCCGUGGGCCCUUCGUGCUGCGGGGCCGUGCCGCCGCUGGGCGCCCAGCAGUGCUCCUGCGUCCCCCCGGCAGGUUACGAGGGCACUGGGUCAGUCCUGAUGUCCCCUGUUCCCCAUCAGAUGUUGCCCUACAUGAACGUGGGCACUUUGUCCCGGACGGAGCUGCAGUUAUUGAACCAGCUGCACUGCAGGCGAAAAAGACGGCACCGGACUAUUUUCACUGACGAGCAGCUGGAAGCGCUGGAAAACCUCUUCCAGGAAACGAAAUACCCAGACGUGGGCACCAGGGAACAGCUGGCCAGAAGGGUGCACUUAAGAGAGGAAAAAGUGGAGGUUUGGUUCAAAAACCGCCGGGCGAAGUGGAGGAGGCAAAAGCGGUCGUCUUCGGAGGAAUCAGAAAACGCACAAAAGUGGAAUAAAGCGUCUAAAACCUCACCGGAGAAGAGACAAGAGGACGGGAAAAGCGACUUGGACUCUGACAGCUGAUACUUCUAAGUGGGGGGGACAUUUCCCGUGGACUGUCGGAUACGCUCCAGAGGAUGCUACUAAUCUUGCACAAGAUCUGCCUUGUUGGAAGGGGAAACUAUCUGUAUAUAAUGUACAAAGCCCCGAGCUAAUUCCGUGUAAAUAAAAUGUGUUGCGGAGGUGUUGCACAGG